UUUAAUUUGGUGUAAAAAAUAAUUUUGGACAAAAUAGACCCUUGAAGGUCUACAGUAACCUUAAUUUCCUCUUAUUGCCUAAUUACACAGGCUUUGACAAACAACUUGCCAAAAAAAACUGUUAAACCGUUUAGCUUUUUAAAGCUUUUAUAGGUUUAUUCAAAAUACACCUAGAAUGCAGGCAUAUUUUGUGAGAGCAAGACUAGUCCAGCCCAGGUUGUUUGAAAGGCAGACAAUGUUAUCCACCAGGUAAAUCACAAUCCAGCAGAUACAUGUAGCUUGGGUUGCUUUGUUAAGACUUAUCCACUGGAUAGUGAUUUAUCCGGUGGAUAACGUUAUCCAGCCUUCAAAUGACUGGGGUCAGACGUACAAAGUCUUUGUGAGAACAUUAGCAUCACCUUAAAUGCAUAAUAAUGUAUUACAAGAAAAUUAUGGAGGUAAACUAUUAUAAUUAUUUCAAACUCCUGCUCUUCCUUCCCCCUUCCACCCCCGGCACUGGCCUAUGUUCAGCUGCUCGGUCACGUAAUUUUUUUCAAAAUAAACAAGUAUGUAAAAUACUUGCAGUAUGGAUCAAAUACAAUGGUAUCAAAAUAAUGACCCAAAUUCCAGUUCGAUAUUAUUCCUCAACAUUAGAAGCUUAUCAAAGAUCAAUUUAAGACUAAAGACAAAGUUGAUCAGGAAAUCCGCGUUUCCAAUAUUAGCCAUCGAUCAAGAAAGCGAAAAACCCUUCUGAUGUAGCGACUAGAACUUUGCCGCAGGCGUUAAACAUACGAUGUAUGUUUCAACACCAAGAAACAGAAGACCUGCGCAAAUGAAAAUUAAUUCUUUGGCGAACAUUGUCAAGAACAAUAAGCCAAGCAGGGAUUACUAUUAUGACACUAUUACGUGAAUUCGACACAGUGCGGUGCAUCAAAACAAUGAAUAUUUUUCGAAGUCAUUAUACAUAAAACACAAGGAAACCGAAGUUUGACUCUUGCUGGGCAAAACAUUCGUAAAUUAUUUAACGAUGUUGGGAAUCUCGUGCAAAGGGAAAAUUUUCCCAAAUAUAAUGCUGCACAUGGCAAAUAAUCGGCACAAUGGCGUUAGCGGUGUAAGGUAUCAGGCGGUGCUUGACAUUUUUAUGUUCGUAUAGUUUGGACAACGGAGAAGGACAAAACAAAAUAUCUAUAUCCUGGGAGAAACUAAGAAAGUGCUUUCCAUUAUGAUUUAUCACACUAGGUAAGGGUGGCUAACAGUAUCAAGGUGUAAUUUCUGAUUCUCCUCAUUUCGAUGGCGAAAUUUCUGCUGGUAACGUAACUAAUCGCGGCUCAAAGGUGAUGCCAUGGGGGAGAAAUGUCAGUGGUGUUCAUUGCUGUGUGCUCUUUGCCGCAUCGGUUGUUUUCGGUGUGGUCAGAAGCUUUGUUGUAAGGAGCCAGCAGCACCAAGGCCUACAUACUCUGUGAUCGCAAUUGGGUUGGGUCAGGCUGGAAAGUCUUUGCUGUUUGCUAAGUUGAGUGGUGACACUGUGGAAGACCUUAAGCCCACAGUUGGUUUCUCUGUGAAAGCUAUCCAGUUACCAACUGCCAUUCUUAAUAUCAAGGAACUUGGAGGUGGAGACAAUGUAAGGAAGUACUGGCCUCAUUAUUUUGCUGGAGCUCAGGGAAUAGUGUUUGUGGUGGACAGUAGUAGUAAUGAUGAUGAUGUGGACUUAGCAGCAGCUGAACUUCAAGAGGCUCUCUCCCACCCCUCCCUGGAAUCUGUUCCUCUUUUGGUGUUUGCAAGCAAACAGGAUGUGAAUGGAGCAUGGAAUGCAGAUGAGCUGUCAAGAAUGAUGGGCUUGGAUGUAAUUGCACACAAAAGAGAGUGGCAUAUACAACCCUGCUCCCAAAACGACAUAGAGAGUGCACAGCAGGGACUGUCUAAACUGGUCACAUUUUUGAGUCCUCAUGAUAAGGAAGCAACAGAACAGAACCAAAUAUGAACUCUUUUUGCCUCCUCUGUCAGAAGAGCGUGUAACAUAAACUGUAAGACUAGCAUCAUACAUAUUGACAUGCACUGCAUGGACAAUAGUAGUCUCCUUAACCUCCCCUGACCAAUUCUAGUUAAAUGUUGAUAACCACACGGUAAUAUUUCAAUGUCGUGAGACAAGUUCUAGUUUCUAAGAAACUAUUGUGUGGUGUUGAGGCUAAGCCUGGGGUGUGCAGUGGAAAUUGAUGAUUGUAAAAGCAAUCAAUCGGUCCAUAUCAAUCAAUGUAAUUAGUUAGUUGGUACCAAUUGGUAUCUGUCAAGAGCUGUUCAUCGAUCGCUAUCAAUUGGCAAACUAAGUUGCACUCAAGACUUCUCAACACAAAGCAUAUACCACGUUGCACAUGCUCAUACCACUGUACGUACAUGUAACUGUUCUUCCUGAAUGUUCUUGUAAAGUUGACUGAAUUACAACUGUCAAUGUGAGCGAUUGUCAAAAGGGUACACCUUUGUUGGUGUGAAGUUAAUGUUGGCAAGCAAUUCACUGUAUACAAGAAAAAGGGAGAAGGCGGAAAUGGGUUUAAAGUUACUAAUGAAUGUAGGUAAAUAAGAACCUUUAUAUUAUUAUUUUUUGGUAAUUUAUAAUAAAAGUCUGUAAGUGUUAAUGACCUAUGUUAAGCGCCUAUUCCCAACAUCUUUUUUUUUUUAAUGUGAUGAAAUUUGUAAGCAAUUGAUACCAAAGUUUGCAAGCACUUGGUAUCAAUUGUCAUUGAUUAUCAUUUUCAUCAAUUGGACACCUCAGGGGGUACAUGUAAGUAAAAGAUAUUGCUAUCGGCGUUGUAUCAACUUGAAGUCUUUCAAGAUAAGUUCACUGUCAUAGUGAGUUUGUCUAUUAAGUAGCUGAUAUUUUGUUAGUUCUUUGUCACAGGAAAAGGGUUUACAUGCAGAACAUCAGCUUUGCAAACCUGUUAUGGCAGUUAAUUAACCCUUAUUAAAUUCAAGUUGAUAGAAAGCCUUUGAACAUUUCAACAAAAGUUUGGAGAGCGGAGGGGGAUUGGAAAAUUAAAGCUUCUUAUAUAAAGUAUGUCAAUCAUUUUAACAUUCACUAAAUGGCAAUUUAUUUUUAAUAAAGUAACUAGUCUUAGUCUAACUAUUUUACAUACACUACAGUAAAACGAAUGCUAUAUUCAAACUUAAUGUUAUGAAUAAGUAUUUAACUAAAACAUUCUUUAGCCAUUCAAGGGGAAAAAACUCUAGUUUUGAAGCAGUCACGGAUGGUUUCAUUUGAAUCACAACUAGCACAGGCAAGUGAAUGCUGUGAUGCAGUGUUAAAAACUUGGGUAUCUGUGCUUCCUACUCUCUACUCCGAUGUACAUAAUAUUCCUGUUGUAUAAAUUAACUUAUGAUUUUAUUUUAUUGCUCUGUGUAAAUGUAUUUUAGAUGGAUAAAUUAUUACAGGUAUUUGUUUUAACUGAUGUCGUUGGUGCUGUUGUCUUAAAAAAA